GUCCCUUAUCAGCUCUAAAGGAAACGAAACACAAGCAGGUAGUCUUCAGUUCUGUCCUUGUCGAUACUCAACGCUCAAAAUACAUAAAACAUACGAGGAUCUAUGGCAUUCCAAGCACAAUUUUCUGUUCCUGUUGGAAUUCCUGUUCAAAUUCCUCUUUCACUUCCUGUUCAAGUUAGGCCAAGAGUAACAGAUACAGUGAUACAAUGUAUUAUUAACAACAAACUAAAUAAAUUGAAGAAACAAGUUAGACGGAUAAAUAUUAAUGGACUGUACCCUUAUGCAGAGUGGAAUGAUGAUGUUACUCUACUGACAGCAGCAGUUAUAUGUGGGAAUGAAGAGAUUUGUAACUUUUUACUGAGAGAAAAUGCGGAUCCCAACAUAGUAUCCACCAAUGGCCUAACAUCUCUGCAAUAUGCUACAAGUACACCUGGAAUUCCACUGACUAUUGUUAGAAGAUUAAUUGCUGCAAAAGCUAAUCCAAAUGGUCAUCAAAAAAUGUUUACACCAUUACAGUUCGCUGCCCACAACGACAGAGCGGACAUGUUCAAAGCACUAACAGAUGCUGGUGCUGAUCCUCAAAAGAAUUAUGGGAUUAAUCCUAAUUUAGAUAAAAAAGUAGAGGAACUUUUUAAUAAGUUACCUUCAGGAAACGAAGCUGUAGAAAAGUGUAAAAUGUUUUUCAAUUUCACUGCUGCAGUUCCCAAAAAAUCUGAGCGAGAGGUGUUUAACUUAUGUAGGGAACAUUUCCUAGAGGAACAUCCUUUUAACCAUCUUGUGCUUUUUGAACUAUAUUUUAAUGUUGUGGGCAAAUUAGCAGAACAGUAUCGUCAAUCUAGCAUUAAGUGGUUGAAAGACUCCAAUAAAGCAGACAUCUACAUCAAUGGAUUUAUCGAACGCUUCCCCAGAAUUGCUUUUGAACAUAGGAUAAGGGCGCUGAACACCUUACAUGCUGUAAUGUGCAUGAUGAGAGAAAUAUCCCCUCAAAUAUUUAAUGCGAUUGUACCCAUUCUGACCAACUGUUUACAGCCCACAAAUGGAAUGGAGGGAAUCGUGUUCAAUCCCAUAAUACUUAGUACUCUCUGUGUAGGUAUGGACAAGUCAUCAAAACAAAAAUCCACUGAUGAUCUUAACUCUGCUGUUCUUGAAGAGUUAUGCAACGCUCUUAUCCCUUUCACUGAUCCUAACUGCCCAGUUGAUACCAGCAUUUGUGCUUACCGUUUGUUUGCUACUCUAUAUGAGUUUGUCCCAGAACACAUUCAUACAUGUGGAUUAACUUCAGUGCCUGAGAAGGUUCUUUUUAAUGUAGAUAUAGGUAUAGAUGAUGUAAUUAAAGAGAAAUUGCAAAGACUGGAUACAAAUCUCAGAAAACCCCAAAGCACAAGGGCUGUAGAUAGGUCAAGUGAAGCAGCAGAAAGCAUUACAUCAAGGAAGAAGAAAAAGAAGAAAAAGAAGAGAAAAGACAAUCAACAAGAGACAAGUUUAAAAGAAGAUGAUGUACAAGAAUCAAGUCUUGAUUUGGACAUUGCAAAGACUUCAGUUGAGGAGUCAGUUUCCACUGUGCGUCCAUGUGCAGUGCACACUGAGGGUUUGCCAACGGUAAGAAAAUGGUUUCCAGUCAGCAAGCGUUGGAAGCCCAAGCUAGAGAAACUUGCUAGCAUCGACGCAAGUAUGGUUUAUCGCCUGGGGAACCUCACAAUCGGCAAUAGCCCUGAAUUUGAGAUAGCUAAAGGAAGUGAUGGAACACGGGUUUUCCUUGGCCUGAAAGAUGAUGGCACUGAAGUAGCUGUCAAAAGAAUGUACAGGUCCGAAUAUCAAGACCUCAAAAAUGAGGAACAAAAUCUACGGAUUCCGCAACUGGGAAGAGAUUGUAUUAUUCAAUAUGUGGACUUUGCGGAGGACGACAAUUUUGGAUAUCUUGUGCUUCAACUUUGUGAAUACACCCUGGAGGAAUACAUCCAAGACCAUUUGCCAGAAGACAGUUUUCAGCAGCAACAGGUCCUGAAGAAUAUUGUAAAAGAAGUGCUCUGUAGCCUAAAAGUUCUUCACAGCCAAGAUACCAAAGUGCUUCAUCGAGACAUCAAACCUCAAAAUGUUCUGAUUGAUAUAAGUGGAAAGGCAAAAUUAGCUGAUCUUGGCAUAAGUCGAAGACUGAAGCUGGAGGAAACGACUUGUCGCACUGCUGCUGCUGGAACGAAGUACUGGAAAGCCAGAGAGACUCUUGAAGAGGACAGUAACACUGGCUACAAGAGGAGUUCUGAUAUUCAGGUUGCGGGAAUGUUGGUGUAUUACAUCCUCUCUCGUGGACACCAUCCAUUUGGCACAGGUCCCCGAUGUGAGGCUAAUAUUCUUGAUGGGAAGUACUCCUUGGAACACCUGGAAGAUGAGAUGGCAAAAGACUUAGUGGAGUGGAUGAUCAGCCAUGAGCCAAAAGACAGACCCACUAUAGAGCAGACCCUUUACCACCCAUUCUUUUGGACAGAUGCAUGGAAGCUGGAAUAUCUAAAAAAGCUGGGGAAUGAAAAGGAUGUGGAAAACUGCCGCAACGCUGACACGAACCUCCUUUCCGCUAUAGAGGGUAUUACAGCAGGGAAAAGCUUCUCAGACUGGAAAUCAAAAUUGCCCUCCGAGCUUGUGCAAAAACUGGAUGGUAAGAAAAAGGCCUACCCGGAGAACACACUCGGCCUGCUGCGCUUCAUACGGAAUCUACAUGAGCAUUACCAUGAAGAUGCCAAGGAGAUACAUUUGAUGACAAUAUUCCCUGACCUUUUUGGAAAUGCUUACAAGUUUGCUGAAAAGAGAGGAUGGAACACCAGUGCAAAUGUUACAGAAUGGCUUCAGGCAGUUCCACCAAUUUGGACAUAACCGUACAGCAUGUAGUUAACACUAAUCACUUUUUGUAGACAACGUUUUACAGGUUGCCAUUAAUUGUGAAACAUGUCGUUAAAAGUGGCCUUUUUUAAAUUA